CUACCUGUGGACCGUCAUGGAGCUCAGAGACCUGUUGCGGUUCAGUCACUGCGGUCGGACCGUCUACAGACUGGAGGAACCGGCUGCGUGUUCCGGGCUCCGGUGUCCGGUGUGCGGGCAGCUGGUCCGGUUCGGCCUGGCCGAGGCUCCGGUCCGGAUCCGGUGUCCAUUCAGAAACGGACACCGCGCGAGCUGCUGCUUCCUCAUGACGUCACAGCAGGGAGCGGCGAGCUUCAGAGAAGAAGACCAGUCUGAGCUUCAUGUGGGCGUCUCCAACUCUGCAGGUGUGGUGUUCAGCUACACAGAGGGGGGGGUGACCUGUCAGCAGCAGGGAUGGGAGCAGAGCAUCAUCAUCCCUCUGGUUGCUCCUGGCAACCACAUCCUCAGCUUCACGCCUCAGUGGGACAAACACCUGGAGACGUUCGCUCAGCUGGACACCUGGACACCAGACAGGUUUAAUGAGGAGAGGGAGUUCGGCUCUUGUUGCUAUGGUUUCGCUCUGGGCUUCAUUAACCAUCUGAUGAGGUCACAGGGACAACAGCCAAUCAGCAGAGAGCAUUUCACAGCUCAGUUUGUGCUGCCGAGGAUGGAGACGACCUCCAGAUACCUGUCUGUGUACCAGCACGUCUGUCGCCAUGGUUACCACAGCACAUAG